AUGUCAACUCCAAAAUUAUUUAUAUUUUUAAUUUUAAUUAUUAAAAUUGUAAAUUGUGGAAUUUGUUCUAGUAGACCACAAGUUUAUGAGGGUAACAACGCCGAGGAUAACAAUAAUGUUGGUCGUGGAAAUUUUGCUGGUAAUUAUGGCGACCAAAUACUUGAUAUUGAAUCAGACUUGGUAAAUUAA